AUGGCCGAAAUAGAAAAGACUCCCUGUUUUGAGCAUGAGCUUCCGGCCGACCCCGAUGCAGGUCUGGGUGAAACAGAAAAAAACCGCAUUGAUAAUCGUCUGGUCAGGAAAUUAGACUUAAGGCUGAUUCCCUGGCUUAGCCUUUUAUUCCUUGCUGGUUUUCUAGACCGGACAAACGUAGGAAAUGCAAAAAUUGAAGGUCUCCAAGAAGCACUACAAAUGACCAACGGUCAAUACAAUGCAUCUUUAAGCAUUUUUUUUGUUUCUUACGCCUUGUUUGAGCCGCUUACCAACGUUGUACUUAAACGGCUUGGCCCUAGAAUUUUCAUCCCUGGUAUCAUUUUAGCCUGGGGAAUCAUCAUGACCUUGACAGGGUUAGUUCAGAAUUUCUCGGGACUCAUGACGGCACGUUGGUUUCUUGGACUAGCUGAAGCUGGCUUGCCACCAGGUCUUAGUUACUAUCUAUCCUGUUGGUAUAAGCGGUCUGAAUUCGGAAUCAGAAUGGCUAUCUACUUCUCGUCUGCCGCACUGGCCGGAUCCUUUGGUGGCCUACUUGCGGCAGCAAUUUCUCAAAUGGAUGGUGUUGGAGGCAAGCCUGGAUGGGCGUGGAUUUUCAUUCUGGAAGGUCUUGCGACUGUUUUAUUGGGACUAAUAUCCUUCUGGGUCGUGGUAGUCUUCCCAGAUAGAGCAAGUUUCCUUUCUGAGAGUGACAAGAAUCGGGUCAUUCGGCGUUUGGCGCUAGACCAGCAGUCCAGUGGUAUGCACCAAGAGUGGAAUAUUGGCUUUCUCUGGGCCAGCUUCAAAGAUUGGAAAACUUAUACAAGCAUUUUGAUCUACAUGGGUGCUGGAGGCUCCCUAUAUGCCUUUGCUUUGUUUCUUCCGAGCAUAGUGAAAGAUCUGGGUUACACCUCAACAACAGCCCAGCUCCUUGCUGUCCCUCCAAAUGCCGUUGCUUUUUUCGUGACUAUUAUAGUGGGCUAUAUUGGGGAUCGAACUCAGAAGAGGGGAAUCCUCAACAUCGUACUAUCCAUUGUAGGGAUGGCAGGCUUCGGCAUGCUUAUUGCUGCAAACACGCCAGCCAGUCGAUAUGCGGGUACUUUUUUGGGGGCGAUGGCUAUAUUUCCCUCAGUUGCAAAUACUAUCACUUGGACAAGUAACAACGUGGAAGGUGUCUAUAAACGAGGUAUCACCCUUGGACUCAUGAUUGGCUGCGGCAAUUUGAAUGGUAUCGUUGCCAGCAACAUUUACAGGGGUCAAGACGCUCCAACCUAUUAUCCGGGUCAUGGAGUUGUACUCGGAUGGCUUUUCAUUUGUUUAUUUCUUGGCUCUGUGCUUCAAACCGUCCUUUUACGUAUCGAGAAUAAGAAACGUCACAGCGGCCAACGUGAUAUGUGGAUCCACGGUCUCAACUACCAAGAGAUUGCAGUGCUGGGUGACAAGAGGCCUGAUUUCAUCUAUAUAACAUAG